UCUUCAAAAAACUCAAUCAACUUUAUCAUCUUUGGUAUGAUACAGUGUUCCAGCACCAAAACUGAAAGACAUGCCGAUGCAAUAUUCACCAACAGCUACAGGAAGGUCUUGGGUCAGAUGUCUGCAAGAAAGCUUCUUCAGUCAAUUAUGGGCAAAAGACUUGGUGAUAGCAGCCUUGAGGAAGAGCCUGAGUUCUUAUCCAAGAGAAACUCUGACAUCUUUACAGAUACCUACGCUCGUUACCAGCGGCAGAUGGCAAUUAGAAAAUACUUGGCUGAAAUUCUGGGCAAUCAAAGACUUGAAAAUAUAAAUAUAAGGCAGCUGCCUGAGGACUUUUCUGCAGCCCUGGAAGCAUAUUAUGGAAGCAAAUCCUCUAUUGAUAAAUAAUUGAAGCAGUGCAAAUUCCUCAUCCCAAUGGAUC